AUGGCCUUGCCACUGAUGCCCAYCCGCAGUCGCAMCAUUGAAGAGCAGAUCACGGCCAAAUUGUCGGAAACAGCACCAUUCAACCCUGAUGAGUUGCGGCAACAAGGUCGCUGGAUUCGAGACAUGCUCGAUCCUCAGGUCGCACAGGAAGGGCAGGAUGCUCUCCACUCGGACGAGAUUCUGACACUGGACGAAUUGCUUCGUAAAUUGCUCGACACCGACAUCAGUCUGGAGGAUAUCCGCUACAGCCGUAUGCACCUCGCCAUUCGCGAUAUUGCGGGCCGGGCGACACGUUGGCCAAAAAAGCUGGCCGAUAGAUGCGAUACUCUCAAGGGUGCCUGGGAAGCCCGCUACGGUCCGAUAGCUGCGAUUGGCACGCUACUGUACGAACCAGGAGGCCGACUCAACGGCAUCUGUGAGCCUGGAGAUCUCAGUAAAGAGAAACUGCUUGUCAAGUGGUUGAAGUCACCAGAAGCGAAGCUCAGUCCUGCUGUUGCGAGAAGAAAGGGCAGUCUUGGGUUCACGCCUGGGGAGUAUGCUACUCACAAUGUGCGUCUUGAUCUUACAAUGCUUACAGCUUCUAUAGUUGGUGGAUCAGUCCUCUUUUCGCUCAUCGUGCUGGGAUUGUGGACACUGCCAAUUCUGAUGGAGGCAUCGUCUCUGAUGCUGCUGGUGCAUACGCUGUGA